CUUGAGAAUUAAAUUGUUUCCAGUUAAUUUUUCCUCUUGAUUUUUGUUCAAUGUUCACUAUUGAUCUUUAAGAUUCCAUCGGGUGAUCAGGUUAAUUGUCUUGUUCCAUUUGGUCAUUUGUUCCAAUUCUGAAUUGACAAUUUCUUCAAAUAUUCUCAUCUUUCUAUAUUGUGAUUCUUUGUUUGUGUUGAUUUUUUUAACUUUAAUUUUUGUUCUUUUCUUUUUUUGUUUGACUUGUUAUUUUGUUGGAUUUAAUUUAUUUAAUUUCCAUCAUGUCUAUUAAUAUUUCUACCGAGUAUAUGGAAAUUGAAGAAGAUUCAAGAAGUCGAAAGGCAAUUCUUGAAGAAUUUGAAAGAAGACGUCGAGGUAGACAAAUGCCUGUUAGUGUUGAUGAUGGAGAAGUAAAAACUCAACUUCGACAAUUAAAUCAACCAAUUUGUAUCUUUGGUGAAGGUCCAGCUGACAGAAGGGAGAGAUUAAGACAACUUUUAACUAGACUUGGAGAGGAAGUAAUUAAAAAACCUAAAGAGGAAGAAAAAAGUGAAGAGAAAGAACGAGAUACUAAUACCACUUGGUACCAUGAAGGUCCGGCCAGUUUGAAAGAGGCAAGGUUUUGGAUCGCUGAUUAUUCAAUUAAAAGAGCUAAGGAAAGGUUGGAUAAAGCUCGUGAAGAAAAGGCCAUUCCAGAAGCUCAACGAACAUUAAAUCGACAAACACUUCACAAGAAAUUACUUUCCUUUGAUUCGGGUUACAGUCAAGUCGAUGACGCUGGUAAAAGGCCACUAACUUACUGCCAAUUUAGUCCAAAUCAAUCGAUGAUUGCAACUGCUUCUAUGAGUGGACUUUGUAGACUUUGGUCACAUGAGACUUUAGAGCCCAUUCAAACUCUCCGUGGUCAUAAUGAUCCUGCUUGGUCAAUUGUUUUCCAUCCUCAAUCAACAUUGACCCAAUCACCGGAUACUCUUAAUUUGGUCUCUUCGGGAGCUUAUGGUUCAGUUUUUCUAUGGAGUUUAAAUCGAGAAGAACCUAUUAGAAGUUUGGAAGGUCAUGGUUCACAUAGAGUUCGUCGAGUUGGUUUCCAUCCCUCUGGACGUUUUUUAGGAACAUGUUGUGCUGAUCAUUCAUGGAGAUUAUGGGAUUUGGAAGCAAAUGAGGAGGUUCUUUACCAAGAAGGUCAUUCUAAGGUUUUCGAUAUAUCUUUUCAUCCUGAUGGUUCAUUGGCAGCAACCGGUGGAGAAGAUACUUUUGGUAGAGUUUGGGAUCUACGAACUGGUCGAUGUAUAAUGUUCAUGGGGGAACACACCCAAUCGAUAACAAGUAUUUGUAUAUCUCCAAAUGGUUAUCAAAUUUUAACGGGAAGUUCAGAUAAUACGGUAAAAAUUUGGAACCUCAGAGAGCGAAAAUGUGAAUACACCAUAGCAGCUCAUAGUGGAGUAGUUUCUGGAGUUCUAUUUGAAAAGAAUCAUGGCCGAUUCAUAAUAACUUCUGGUUUCGAUAAUACGAUAAGAAUUUGGUCUCAUCCAGAAUGGACUCACAUUCAAAAAUUGGAAGGCCACGAUUCCCGUGUAAUGUGUGUUGACAUUUCUCAAGACAAUCAAAGUAUAGUUUCUUGUUCUCAUGAUAAAAAGUUCAAACUUUGGAAUCCAUGUUAACAUUAACAAACAACAAAUCAAAUCAAAAAAAAAUCCAACUCUAAGCACAAUAUAAAUCACAUAAAAAGAAAACAAUUAACUUAAACAAUUAAACAACGACCGAAGGAAAAAAGACCAUAAAAAUCAGUUCUGUCUCUAAUCACUAAUCAAAUUGAAAAUUUCUUCUAUUUGAAAUGUCCUUCUAUCAACCAAUUAAUUUUGUAAUCAAUUUAUUUUAUUUUCCUAUCAAUAGAUUUAAACAGAACAAUCAAAAGAGAGAAAAUUAAAGAAAAUUUGAAAUGAGCGCUAAAAAGAAUAACCGAAUCCGGAAGCGAAUUCGAGAUGAGGUGAUUUUUGGAAAAGAAAAUUUUUUUUUCUUUUCUCAUUAAACCGUAAAAGCGUAAAA